CAUGCUACUUCCUCUCUAAAAAUACACUUCUCCACCUCGUUACAUCUAAACCAAAAAUGUCCAAAGAUUUGGUCCUUAUCACCGGCGUUUCUGGCCAUGUCGGUUUCCGCGUACUCAUUGAAGCCCUCUCUCGCAACUACCGUGUACGCGCCGUCGUUCGCAAGGCCGAACAGGGCGAUCGCAUCCGCGAAGUCAAAUCCGUCAAACCUUUCCUUGCGGAUUUGGAGAUUAUUGUUAUCCCAGACUUGCUUAAGGAAGGCGCGUUCGACUGUGCGCUUGAAGGAGUCGUUGGUAUCGUUCAUGUAGCUUCCCCCUUGGCAAUCGCUACCACUGAGUUCAAGCGUGAUAUUAUCGACCCGGCGAUCGAUUCCACCACUGGUAUCCUGAAGUCUGCAGCAAAAACGCCGUCAGUGAGGAGGGUGGUCUUCACGUCCUCCAUUGCUCCUCUAUUGUCAGUGGAGUACAUUAUGUCGGAUGACCUUAGUAAAGUCUUUACCGCACAAGACACCUACCCUCCGCCCGACCUCGAGACAGCCCAGUUCGCCUUUCCGCUUCAAGCCUACGCGGCGGCCAAGAGCCACGCGCUCGCAAUCUCAGAGCAGUUUGUGGCAGAUAACAAGCCGCAGUUUGAAGUAGUUAACAUCAUGCCUAGCAUGAUCAUUGGCAGAAAUGAGCUUAACACUACUAAAGAGGAGGUUGUCGCAGGUACAAAUGCCGUUGUGCUUGGGCCUCUGUUGGGUCAUCAGGCAGAAAUGCCACUGAUUGGAGUAUCAGUACAUGUGAACGAUGUCGCGCGGGCCCAUAUUGAUGCCUUAAGCCCUAAGGUGCCUGGAAACAAAAGGUUGUUGUUGUCAUCUGGUGGACUGAAAGGGACGAACUGGGAAGAUGCGAAGGAAAUUACCCAGCGGCUUUAUAGUAAGCAGGUAUCUGAGGGUCUUUUCCCACUCAACGGAAACACCCCGACGAGGCCGAUUCAGCUCGAUGCGUCUGAGACCGAUGAAGUGCUUGGGUGGAAGCUCCAAAGCUUUGAAGAGCAGGUCAAGAGUGUCAUUGACCACUACGUUGAGCUAGCAUCUGUAUCAGCUGUUAUAUUUUCGUAGAAGCAUUUUGUAAAGUAAAGUAGCGG